AUGGGUAUCGCCAUUUCGAGGCUCUUCGACAGACUAUGGGGAAAGAAGGAGAUGCGAAUUCUCAUGGUCGGUCUCGACGCUGCCGGAAAGACCACCAUUCUGUAUAAGCUGAAGCUCGGUGAAAUCGUCACCACUAUCCCCACAAUUGGUUUCAACGUUGAGACUGUCGAGUACAAGAACAUUCAAUUCACCGUGUGGGAUGUCGGUGGUCAGGACAAGAUCCGUCCUCUCUGGAGACAUUACUUCCAGAACACCCAGGGUAUCAUCUUCGUUGUCGACAGCAACGAUCGCGACCGUAUCGUCGAGGCCCGGGAAGAACUGCAACGCAUGUUGAACGAGGAUGAACUCCGUGACGCCCUCCUACUUGUCUUCGCCAACAAGCAAGAUUUGCCGAACGCCAUGAGCCCCGCCGAAAUCACCCAGCAGCUCGGCCUUCAAAGCCUCACCCGCCGCCCCUGGUACAUCCAAUCUACCUGUGCUACCACCGGUGAUGGUCUGUAUGAAGGUCUUGAAUGGCUUGCUGAGACGCUGCGGAAGACCGGCCGCGAUUAA